AUGAUUCCGAAUCCAUUGCUCGCGGGCAUUCUGUUUUUUGGCAGUGUAUUUGCCAGUCCUCUGUCGGAUCAACGCCCCUUGGGACAUGAGGCUUUGUCCUCGAGCGCAGAUGCAGAUACCGCAAACUCUGCAGGGUCCCAGCGAGGACUGUCGGGCCGUUUUCUGCACAUAACGGAUCUCCAUCCGGAUAGACUUUACAAAGAUGGAGCUUCCACCUCGGAGCGUGUUUCCUGCCACCGCGGCGAAGGGCGCGCGGGGUAUCUCGGCGCAGAAGGCACGGAAUGCGACGCGCCCUUGGCCCUCAUCGACGAGACAUUUCGCUGGAUUGAGAACAAUCUGAAAGGAGAGAUCGAUUUUGUGAUAUGGACAGGGGAUUCGGCUCGCCACGACAACGAUUGGAAGAACCCUCGUACACCGGAUGAGGUGAUCUCCCUAAACAAAUUCAUCGCGGACAAGUUUCUCGACACCUUCAAGCACCCCGAAGCUCCGCGCACGCUUUCGAUCCCCGUCAUCCCCACGCUCGGAAACAACGACAUCAUGCCACACAAUAUUCUCGUGGACGGGCCAAAUGAGUGGACGAAACGAUAUCUGAACGUCUGGACCAGGUUUAUCCCCGAACACCAGCGCCAUAGCUUCGUGGAAGGUGGCUGGUUCACCUCGGAAGUUAUCCCCAAUCAGCUGGCGGUCAUCAGUCUGAAUACCAUGUACUUCUUCGACUCCAACUCCGCGGUCGACGGGUGCGCCGAUAAGUCGGAACCAGGCUACGAACACAUGGAGUGGCUGCGCGUACAGCUCAAAAUACUACGCUCCCGUGGAAUGAAGGCGAUCUUGAUUGGGCAUGUGCCCCCGGCGAGGACGAGUUCCAAGCAGAAUUGGGAUGAGUCCUGCUGGCAAAAGUACACCCUGUGGGUGCAUCAGUAUCGUGAUGUGAUUGUCGGCAGUGCAUAUGGCCACAUGAAUCUCGAUCACUUUAUGUUCCAAGACAGUCGCAAGAUUGACAUCGUUGACGAUUUUGGGGCUUCGUCGUCCGAAGUCCCUUCAGAAGAGCUUUCAGAUAGGGUCGGUGUUCAGUCCCGUUCCGACUAUCUUUCUAGUCUCCGAAAGGAUUGGUCUAGGAUGCCUUCCCCGCCAAACGAUCUAUCACUGAUGGAAGACUUGAUGGACGAUUCACCUCCUGGGGGUGAGAUCCUAUCGCAGGGAUCUAAGAAGAAGAGAAAGAAGUUCUUCAAGAAGAUUGGGGGCCCGUGGGCCGAGAGAUAUAGUGUCUCAUUGGUAUCUCCCAGUCUGGUACCGAACUAUUUUCCAACGUUGAGAGUUGUCGAAUAUAAUAUCACCGGCCUGGAAGGAGUGGCCACAUGGGUAGAAAAUUCCAGCAAUUUGUCUCAUGAAGUACGCUCUCAUGAGACCGAUGACUCUGCCGACGAUGACUCUGCCGACGAAGGAACGCCGGAGAAGAAUGGAAAGAAAAAAAAGAAGAAGCCAAAUUUCAAAGUCCCUGAACCCCCAUCGCCAUCGGCACCCCCAGGACCAGCCUACUCAAACCAGCCAUUAACAUGGCUAAGUUACACUCAGUACUUCGCGAACCUGACUCGGAUCUACGAUGAAAUGGCCGAGUUCAAGAGUUCAACCAACACCACCAACCAGGCCAUGGAGGAAUCCGACGAAACAAUCAUGAAGAACCUUUUCUCAUUCGAGGUCGAAUACGACACAAAGGAUCGUAUAUACAAGAUGGACGAUCUCACGGUGCGCAGCUUCUUCAAGCUGGCUACUCGGGCUGCGGACAAUUUCGCAGCCAGUAGCGAGGGGGCUGGUGAUGAUGACGAUGACGAUACCGUAACGAAGAAGAACCGAGUGUGGAGGGCUUUCUUGGAACGCGCUUUUGUGAAGUAUAUGUCCUAUGAUGAACUUUAUGAUAUAGAAUGA